AAUUAUUGCGCCAGUUGCAACAACACAAAAAGGUUGUUUGACAGCGUGAAACCUGCGGUGAUGCAUUGAGCGCUGCAGUCAAUGGAUCGGAUGAUGGAGGAUUUCUCCGGCCUGGCCCUGCCGCCUCUCUUUGGGGGCCACAUCCUGGAAGCAGAGCUGGAGCCAGGUGGGGUGGAACUGGGCCCAGGGGAGGUAGAGCUUGGCUCUGGGGUCAGCGAGUUGCUAGAGGGUAGAGGUCAAGGGUCAGGAGCAAGGCCAGAGCAGCAGCAGCAGCAGGAGGAGAGGAGAGAAUUGGAGAAGAGGAAGUACCUGGCUUUGAUCAAGAGGUGUAAGGAGAUCGAACAGGUGAAUGAGAAGAUCCUUGGUCGCCUUCACCAGGUACAAAGACUAACGCGUCACAUGAAGAAAGAGAGAAGGUUCCUAAUGAAGACCCUCGACGCCCAUGGAGAUGACUAUAGAAAUGCACAGCUCACCAUAUCGCUUGAGGAAGAGUCUGGUGCCCAUUUAGACAUUGGCCUUGGAGCAGAAGAUGAUAGGCUGAAUGACCUUCCUAGCUCCUCCCCCUCUGUCCCUUUCCAAUCCACAGUGGGAUCCAAGAAGAAGAGGCAUCGAGUUCUAAAACAGGAGAAAGACCCACAGACUGAAGCAGACAUCUCCAUGUUGGCAGAGACGCAGUUCAGUGAUUUUCCCAGCCCAACCGCUUUGUCUCACUGACCAGGGGAAUGGCCGGCUGCUCGUGGGAGGAGAAAUGAGGCAGCAUUCUGUUGCUUGGACUCCCACUUCCCCAGACGUGAUGUCACUGAAACACAUACAUCCAGGGCUCUUUGGGAUGUUCUGAAAGUUGUAUUGAGCUUGAGUGCUGAAAUGAUGGAAUAGGAUGAAGCUACACCUGAUCUAAGGUUCUACUAUGAGGAUGCUGUCUACAGAACCUUGCAGAUAGAAAUUAAAAAUGUGCUUAAAUGAUAAUCAUAUCCCUACAACUAUCAUCUGUGGAAAUGGCUGAAGGUCUUGACCAUGGUAAUCCACCCAUUCUGAUCGAGUAGAGAAUGGAUGGUCCGGUCCUUGCGGAAGUUUUUAUUUUUUUUAUUUUACUAGGCAAGUCAGUUAAGAACAAAUUCUUAUUUUCAAUGACGGCCUAGGAACAGUGGGUUAACUGCCAGUUCAGGGGCAGAACGACAGAUUUGUACCUUGUCAGCUCAGGGAUUUGAACUUGCAACCUUUCGGUUACUAGUCCAACGCUCUAAACUAGGCUACCCUACAUUGACAGUACAUGUAUUGAUGUGAACCUUUUAUCAGGAUACUCUGAACAUGUUUUAUGAUUGUUUGUCGACUUGAUGCUUACUAAAUGUUCCAUAUAAAAUGUUUAUUCAGAA